GUGAAUAUAGUCGUCACAAAUGUCGUAAAAACCACUCUAUAUUUUCUGUAUUUCACAAAAAACCUUGUUGUUUUUGCUAAAAAUAGAACCAAAAAAACCUAUCAUAAAAACCUAUCCAUUAUUGCUACUCUCUCCAUUACAUACUUUCAUCUCCACUCAACUCUCUCCAACACCGAAACCAAAGUAGCUAGCAAUGAUGAUGAACGAGGUUGAAGGAAAGAAAGUACUGGCUCAGAAUACCAAGCCCUGUGCUUUCAUGGCAGCUGUUGAGCCUCGUCAAGUUGAGUACAUGAACGUAACCAAAAACACUGUCAACGGAUCCGGUCUUCACCACCGGAUCUAUGGUGAUACCUUUGUUACUGCUGCAUUUGGAACUGUUCACAGGAGGAAGAGGAUGGCUAGACAGAGAAGAUCUUCAUCUUCUUCUUCUUCUUCCAUCAUGAACAACAACCUCAGGACUCAUCCAUCCAACCCUCCACCUCCUCCUCCUACUGCUUCUUCCACUACCAUCUCGCAAGUGCCACUUCCUCCAAUUCCUCCUCUUUUUACCAAACCACCUUCCCAACAAGUUGAAAUUGAUCAUAAGAGGCUGAGUUUCCUUUUCCAAAAAGAGCUGAAGAACAGUGAUGUUAGCUCCCUAAGGAGAAUGGUCUUGCCAAAGAAAGCAGCUGAGGCUUUCCUUCCUCACCUUGACUCAAAGGAAGGAAUUCUGAUCAACAUGGAUGAUAUCGAUGGUGUUCAUGUAUGGUGCUUCAAGUACAGGUACUGGCCAAACAAUAACAGUAGGAUGUAUGUGCUUGAAAACACUGGAGACUUUGUGAACUCGCAUGGUUUACGCUUGGGAGAUACCAUUGUGGUUUACCAGGAUAAUCAGAGUCACAACUAUGUGAUUGAGGCGAAAAAGGCUCUUGGUCGUGAUGGAGAUAAGUUUAUGGAAGCAACUGUUACAAACAAUAGCAUCUUUCCUAAUGAUUUCGAGCUGAACACAAACUUCUUCGAUAUAACCUAUCCUGAAGUAACCUAUCCAUUUCCUGAAAUCAAUGACACCAUGAAUAAUCCCAUGAAUGAUAACGGGAUGUCGUUUAUAUAUGACACAACAAUCUCAAAUGACUCACCAUUUGAUUUUAUGAGCGGAUCGAUGACAAAUUACUCGAAGAUGGGAUCUUUCUCCAAGAUGGGAGCUCUUGAAACUUUUGGCUCAGUUGAGAAUCUGUCACUUGAUGAUUUCUACUGAGGUCAUUACUACAUAUGAAGGGCACUAACAUAGUACCAAGACUCUAAGGUGGUGUUGUUUAGUCUAUUUUGGUACUAUUAUUAAUAAAUAUGCAAGUGUGUGUUUUGGAUCUUUUGUUGUUUUCAUGAUAAUGUCAAUGAGAGGAUGUGUGUGUAGAAUAAAAGAGUAGUCAAGGACAUGGUUUGGUUUUCCUCUCUGUCGAACAAGAUUGAGACUACUCUAUUAUGUAAUAUUUAUAAUUGUUGCUUGAUAA